GAGUUGCAGUUUGGUUUCAAUUUGUUAGUGUAUUUAAAUAUGCUAGUACAUCUAACACUUCCCUCCCCCAAGACUGACAAUGCUGCUGUCCAAAGGUGCCCCAUGUGCUCUUUCAUCCAGAGUGUAGGCACUCUAAUACAGGAGGUGUGUUACUGGCCAGAUCACUAGGUGAAAACAGUGGGAAAAGCCUAAAAAAGGAAACUGAUGCAGCCACCACAUUUAAUGACUGGUAAACUGCAAAAUAUUACAUUGUUGCUAUUGGGUUAAAUAC